UUAAGUCCCGAUAGAGUGUUUAAAAAAAGUUAAAUAAACAAAAUGACUAUCACAAAUUUCAUAUUGAUAAUAAUUAAAGAUUUUUUUUUACAAAAAAAAAUAAAAGUGACUUCAAUUAUGGCAAAAACAUAGACUACAUUUUUCCGUUUAAUUUUUUCACUGAGUUACCUUUCCCGUUUUGUUUUAACCGAUAUAUCACGAUGAUAACAUAACACACGGACGAAGAAGCGGGUACUAACUAGUUACAGUAAUAAAAACACGUUAAUUUUAACCUUAACCUCUGCAAUAAACCGUUAUAUCUGGCAGCCAUCAUAUUGUAAAGACGAAUGUGAUCACAGUUUAAAUUUAAACAAGAUGCGGAGUAACCACCGUUUGUACAAUGGUUACGGGUGAAUAUAUCCCGUGUAUUAACAAGUGUCGUGAAUACCAAGUGUAACAAGUGACAAUGCCUUUUCGUCCGUUGAAUGCGACAUUGCAAAAUGUGCCGUGGAACGAAACUGAUAUAUGGAGUGUAUCGCCCGUGGACUUGGGCGUUUUUUAUAGACCGGACGUGGUGAUAAUAGCACUGUACGUGGCGGUGUUGACGGCGUCAUUGUCGGCGAAUACGCUGCUGAUUUUCAUCGUCAUCAAAUUCCAGUAUAUGAGAAGCGUGACGAACAUAUUCCUGGUGAACCUGUCGGUGGCAGACUUGCUGGUCACACUGUUCUGUAUGCCGGUACAGAUAGCUAAGUCUGUCACGCUGCUGUGGUACUUCGGGGAGGUUAUGUGCAAGACAGUUAAUUUUCUACAAGGGGUGGCAGUCGCAUCCAGCGUAUUUACCAUCACAGCCAUGUCGGUAGACCGGUACCUGGCCAUCACGCAGAGUCUGCGGCAACCCUGGAUGCCGUCAAGACGCGGUGCCUGCAGCCUCCUUGCUGCGCUGUGGUUUGUGGCGCUGAUGAUAUUUGCUCCGUUACUAGGAGUGGCAGCGGUUGAAAGAGAGAUGGUGCCAUUGCUGUCCAAGACGAGAAAUGGAUCGGGAAUAUGGGCGGAAGGCACAAUUGAGUUUUGUACAGAAAAAUGGCCGGAUUCAAUCAGGAAAGAGCUGUUUGGAACAUUCAGUUUCAUCCUGGUCUACGCUGUCCCUGGUUGCAUAGUGGUGGUGUCAUAUUCUCUUAUGGGCAGAAGGUUAUGCUCCGUGUUGCCUCCCUUCGACCAGACAGAAGGCAGUGUCAACAGUCAACAGCGAUUACGACUAGUUCGCGAGAGGAAGCGGGUAGCAUGGAUUCUCCUGUUACUUGCCGUUCUCUUCGCGUUGUGUUGGUUGCCAUACAACAUCUUGCAAUUGCUAAUUGAUGUGAACGCUGUGGAAAUUGAAUCUGUUUCAUCCGUGUUGCCGUACACACUGCUACUAGGGCACGCGAACUCGGCCAUAAAUCCUAUAGUGUACUGCCUGAUGACGCGUAACUUUAGAAGGUCACUGCGCAAGCUGAUCUGCCACGACACCGGUAACAUACACUCUAGUACUCACUUCCAUAUGCAAGGUUUACGUCAAAAAUCCAACAUGUCUAGUAUGCGAACUUGUACCACAGUGACUUUUAGAAGCAGCAAUAACCAACUGGGACGGACCACGUGUGCUCCAAGUAUCCAGUACGGAAGGGUCCAGAGGAACUCUGUACGGGAGAACAGCUGGAAAGAUCGACACAUGAAUCCGCAAUUUCUGUAAGAUUCACCGACAGACAGUUUCGAUAUCAGUGGAUACCUUAAUUUGGCAUUUACUGUAAACUUUACUUUCUAAAUACUUUUCUUUUUUACUAAACUGCUUAUGAAGCAAAUGGCUUCCCUGUGUGGUUUAAAAUCUUUAUCCUAUUUAUUAUUUUCUAUUACAAUAAUAUCUAAUUUGUCUCUGGAUUGACUUUUUAAAUCUAUAUUUAUAGGUCUAGUAGCGAUUUGGAAGGCAGCUCAUUUUAAUUUACUGUCAGGUUUACAAUCUCUCAUAAGAAACCCCCUUGCCUGCAAAAUCCCUAUAAAAUUAAGGAACUUGCAUUUCGUUUUAAUAAUUUAUUGUAUAAUGUAAAUAUUAUUAAAAGUACGUACUUAGUCUCGAUUGUGGUUCUAAAUUCGACUUUGUUUAAUAUGAUGUUUGGAUAAUUUAAAAAUUAUUAUCCCUUGCCUUAUUUCAUCCAGUAAACAAAACAAAAAAACCUUUGCGCGUAAACCCACAAACACACUAUAGAGUACGUCCGUCAGCUGCGACUGAUGGAUACUAAUGAAAAGUAUUCACAGUAUUUGUGUAUCUCUCUCUCUCUUUUUCUCCUUAAUCGACGUACAUGUGGGUGUGCGAAACAUCCAACGCGCCAAAUCGUCAACGAAUGUCUGACGGUGUAAGUACGAUUCAAAGUUAUGUAUCACUGGUGUGUACAGUGUAUAAUGUAAAUGUAUUGUUCAGAUCGUAUCCAACAGCCGUGGUUGAAGGACGUGUCGGAUGGUAUGUUUGCGGCUUAAAAAAGAUGGCCUAAAAACUUUUGAUAUUAGACAGGUGUCUUGUUUGAAGUUGGGGAAAUGGUUCUGAAAAUAUUUUGUAUAUUCAAAAUUGAGAAGCAAUUUUAAAAGGUGUUUAAAAUGAUUCAGAUCUCAUUGAAUUACCAAAGAAAAAUGUUAUACGGAUAGAUAGACAAACAGACAUGAACUAAUUAUAAAUACUCUGUAUAUUUUUAGGAUUUAAUAAUCAAUUAAGUUAUAAAAAGGCCUAAGUUAAGGACUAUACUGUAAAUCGACCUCAAGCGUGUCAAGAGUGUUUAAGGUACAGUUUUGAUUAAUAAACGAAAUUUGAGUCAAACAUAACUUUAAUUAUUCAAUAAAUCUAAUAGAAUAAUUAACUGAAAGACAAUUAUUCUUACAUUAUUUGUAUUAAAUUAACUAUAUGAAAAAAUGGUGGGAAAAUAUUUGGUUGACAGUGGCAGAUAACUUACAUAAAAAAACUGGUUCUAUCCCAACUAUUACAAACGUAGAACAGGCAACGACUACGGUGUCAGGAGUCGACACUGCCUCUAUAUUGACGAAAGUGGAAAACGAAAUAAUGCAUUUUUUUUAUACAACGUAGAAUGGCAAACAAGCUGAAGGCCCACCUGAUGGAAAGUGGUAACCGUCGCCUAUAGACAUGAGCAGUACCAUGGACAUAAUAGAGUAUACUGUUUCGCCCAUGAUACCCCCAUGCGUUGCCAUUCCUGAGGACUCAGAUGUUAUUCACUUAGAAGUAACAACAUAAUAAAAUAAAUAAAUAUACAUAGUUUUGUACAAUUAUUUAUAUGUGUCAUACAAUGAAAUUAAUGCCAAAUUACCUGAAAUUGAUAUAGUGUACGAUAAUUCGAAUUCCUACAGGAAUAAAUUGCUGAAGCACUUUGUACAACAAUCUUAUGAACAUUAACUCUAAUUGUCAUAAUAUAUAUUUUUUUUAAUAUUUUUUUUUAAUUUAAUUUAGUCAUAAUCUUAUUUUCUGAUUUUGCUCACAACUUAGAUUACAUGUUUAUUUUUGUUAUUUACUUAAAUUUCUUACACUGUAUAAUUACGUUAAAGUGAAUGCUGUGAAUACCUAUAAUAGGCAUGUGCAUUAAUAUUGUAUUGUAUUUAAUGUUGUUAUACCUAUAUGUUAUAAUGCAAUAUGCUGUUGGUGUUCCUUAAAUAAAUAAAUAAAUAAAUAAAUAAAUAAAUAUAAUAGACCGCUGCCCAAAAUAUUGAUGCUGAUAGAUAUCAUAAAAGACUUAACUAUUUUAUAGCGGAAUAUUAUAGAAUAAAAAAAAAAACAAAUAAAUGUUUGUAUAAAAUUUAUUAUUUAAUUCUUUAUUGUACACACCAGUUAUAAAAAAAUGACAGAGGUAAUUAAAUGUACAAAGGCGAGCUUAACUCUGAUAGAGUUUUCCUCCAGCAACACCCAAAGUGGAAAGGAGCAUCAAUGUCAGCGGGUACAGCAGUGUACAAUAUUGUGACAAUUUUUAAACAAACUAGACAAAAUUAGAUUAAUUAUAUUAUAUUUAAUUUCUUUUUCUUCAAAGUCAUUCAGGCCUGUAUAAUUAAAAAAAAAAUGUUUUUUUUUAUGUGCACUCCAGUAAGUAAAUAUUGCCAAAUUAAAUUAUUACGUUUAAACAUGCAAAUCUACUAGUAUAUUGUCGAAGUUCACCUAUUAUCAUCAUCUACAAGGACGGAGGUCCUUAUCCUAAUCGUUUGGGGUCGGUGUAAUAUACUUUUAUCUAUAUCACCAAAGUUUCUGGCCUUCAGUUUUACGAUCGACCGCUUGCUUGACCCUCCUUGGGACAAAUUCACUAACAAAAGAAACUUUUUUACUGUUUUGGCUCCUUAUUAAACAUAACUGUACAUAUGUUAUAACAGUAAUAAUAAUUAAGAAGAUCAUAUAUGCUAGUUUUUAGCUACUUUUUUAUGAUAUUUCAUUUGUAUUGUUAUUUAUUUAUAUUUUAUUAUAUAGAAAAAAUUGCAUUAAAUUAAAAAUGUACAACAGCCGAGCUUAACUCUGUAAGAGUACUCUUCCAGCAAACCCUGAGUGGAAAGGAGCGGGCGGUGUGCGUACAAUA